AUGGAGCUUAAAGAAGAAAAAUAUUCCUUACUCCCCUUAUCCUUGCCUAAGCCGAUUGCUAUCAUUUGAGAUAGAGUAUGCAAAAUAUUAGCAAAUAUACUAAAAAUCGUAUUCGUGUUAUUUAAGGACGAAUUUUCGGUAUAACCUUUACUAUUCAUUUCUAUUAAAGAUAGGCAGUUAGAUUUGAUGUGGAUAAGAGAAGUGGGUUUUGUUUUUUACCAUUGAAAAGCGUUUUAUUAAAAUCAAAGGUUAAUUUCCCAUUUUAAGAUGCCGUUCUAUCAAGGAUCGGUGGAGUUAGACUCAAUCCAAGGAGACCGUUGUUCAUGGCUCAGUGCAAAUAUUGAAUAUGCGCUUCAAAAUUUUUCAAUGUUCCAAAAACAAAAUGAUUUCCCAAAGCAAUUAAACAAAAAUCCUUUUCCUCUUAACAGCUCUUUGGAUUCCAAACUUCAGCUAAGUCAAGAAUAUCAGCCAAUAGCAAGAAGAGUAUCAUUGGGAAGCCCAUCUCAAACUUUAUAUGAAGCUUAUGCAAGAGUAUCAAGACAUAAGCCAAUGAUAUUUCAAAGAAGACAAGAAUACUCUGCAUGGGAUCAUUUUGAUUCAAGACCAAAAACUUCAUCAUUAUCAGACUGUAAGACUUCUAUAACCCUAUAUCUAUCUAUUAGAUUUGUUAAAUUCUAAAUAAAUCAUUAAAAAUAUCACAAUAAUUCACUACAUGAGAUUAUAUAUCCUAAUACCCCUCUUAAUCCAGAACUAGAAAACAAAAUUAGACUUAUUGAUAAUUUUCACAACAGUUUUUCUGUAUCAAUAAAAAAACCUCGACUAUACUCCCCUAAAAGAAAGAAAAGAAACGUAAGGAAAAAAAGCCCAAUCCAUAUAAAUGGAAUAAAAUGCUCAACUGUCGCAGUUUUAUUACUUCAUGAGGAGAUGAAUGCAAAAUGCAAAAAAUGCAGGGCAACUAAAUGCAACUGCAAUUAUAUAAAUAACUUUGAUAAUGCUGCAGAAAAUGCUCAUAAGAGAAAUAAAGAAAGAAAGCAGAAAAUCCAGAAAGAAAUACAGGAGUGCUUGGCGAAAAGUGAAGAAAAACUUGUGAAGCAUAAUAGACCAAGGUCAUGCAAUGUAAGGAGAAAUAGCUCAAUAAGUGCGAAAAAGGGGAGGGAUUUAUACUCUGCUGAGCGUGGAAGAAGAUUAUCGGUGCAAACGCCUGAAAUAUCAAUAACUCCAAUGCCAAUACAUCAGAAAAAGUAA